GAUUCCAUCUGAAUUACAGGUUUUACUUACAAAAACUAGUUCUGCUACUUCUUUUGGAUUUGACUGUUCUUUGUCGCACAAGUGAAGAAGUAAUGGAAUUCAUUUCUAUCCGGAGUCGCUCCUGGAGGAAAGGCUGAUCAACCUCACGGAUGAACCGAAGCGGGACGCCCUCAGACACCGCGGCUCAUCAUGAUGGGUGAAACAUCGCCUACAGCAAGGAAUACAAAUAACUGGAAGGCUCUUUAAGAAGGCGACAGGAGACUUGCGAGAUUGGCAGAACCUAUUAAGAAGCAGUCUGUAAAAGCAUAUCCAGACACAGCUACAUCCAAGAAUGAGGAUCAAAUAUACAAUAUCCAUUGUCUUUUUUGUGGCACUUGUUAUCAUUGAGAAGGAAAACAACAUUAUCUCAAGGGUGUCAGAUAAGCUCACCUUAAAGCAGACCCCCCAGACCCCACUACAGCUCAGUGGCUUUUCCCACAUACUGCUGAAGCACAAUGGUUCCUUCACCUCACUCAGCAAGAUGGACCCCGCCUUCCCGCAGAUGAAGCAGCGCCUGGAGAACUACAGUGAGCACCAGGAGGUGAUGACAAGGGGAAGGAAACACAUUCUCCUAUUAGCCACCACCAGGACAGGCUCCUCGUUUGUGGGCGAGUUUUUCAAUCAGCAGGGCGAUAACAUGUUUUACUUGUUUGAGCCGCUCUGGCAUGUGGAGAAGAUGUUGACACUGGAGACCGGCGGCACCAACGCCACAGCGGCGGCCAAGGCGUACCGCGAUGUGCUCAAGCAGCUCUUCCUGUGUGACUUCUCCCUGCUGGAGAGCUUUCUCGACCCCCUCCCUGUGGACCAUAUCACCACCGCCCUCUUCCGCAGGGAGUCCAGCAGCUCUUUGUGUGAGGAGUCAGUCUGCAGCCCCUUCAUCAAAGGGGUCUUUGAGCGCUAUCAUUGCAGGACCAGGCGCUGUGGGCCCUUGAACCUGACCAUGGCGUCUGAGUCCUGCCUCCAGAAGGAGCACAGGGCCAUCAAGUCAGUGAGGGUGCGCCAGCUGGAGACCCUCCGUCCCCUAGUUGAGGACCCACGUCUUGACGUUAAGUUUAUUCAGCUGGUUCGGGAUCCUCGGGCUGUACUGGCUUCGCGCAUGGUGGCCUUUGCAGCCAAAUACAAGAACUGGAAGCAGUGGGCCAUGGGUGGGGACGUACCCAUUGAUGACGAGGAAGUGAGGAAGCUGAAAGGGAACUGCGACAACAUCAGGAUGUCUGCAGAGAUCGGCCUCAGGCAGCCGCUGUGGUUGCGCGGGCGUUACAUGCUAGUGCGGUACGAGGACAUCGCUCGGUUCCCCAUGAGGAAGGCAACGGAGAUGUACAGGUUUACCGGAAUCCCGUUCACUCCACAAGUGAAAUCCUGGAUCCUGAAGAACACCCAGGCCUCCAAGGAGACCAGCGGUGUUUACUCCACACAGAAAAACUCCUCCCAACAAGUAGAGAAAUGGAGGUUCAGUUUACCUUUCAAAAUAGCCCAGGUUGUCCAGAAAGUUUGUGGGCCAACGCUGAAGCUUUUUGGCUACAAAUUUGUAAGCAGUGAAGAAAUGUUAACAGAUAAGUCUGUUAGUUUGAUUGAGGAUAAAGUGUUCAACUUUUUAUAGACUUCAACGGACAUGAACUCUGAACCAUGAUGCAGGAAAAACCAACAUUUCUGAAAACUCUAGCUGAUAUUUGAUAACUGAUAUUUAUUAGGGUCUUUUAUCCUGAUACAGAGAGCUGUAUAUUUUAUGAUAGUGUGCUAUUUAAAGUUUUUUACUAUUUAAAAUAGUUUGAUGAAGACAAGGUAUUGUUGAGCAGAAAAAACAUUGAAAGCUUUUAACUAUUGAAGCGAGGAUGUUGAAAUGUUACAUAUGGGGUAGAGCAUGGUGACAAUGGGAAGCUAGAUUAUCUUUUUGCACUCGGGAGUAUUUUCUCUGUCCAACGUAAACUGUGUCGUUUAGCAAAUUUAGGAAAGUCCUAAGGGAGAUAGCUGUGGGUUUGUGAGCAAUAUACAGUAUUAGCUGUUUCACAAAAUUCCAGGAACCUCAUUAGUUAUUUUUGUCCAGUGACUCCUGAAUUAGCAACACGAGCUGCUUUUACACCAAAGAAACUUGAAAUUAAAUGUAAUGCAUAGCAAAAAGAAUGAAUUGCUUUGUAUAGCAAUGCUCAUGGCAGGAAGAGGAAAUACCAAUGCUUUGCCAGGUUAUUUCUACACGAGAAUUAGAUUUAAUGCUCCAUGCUAAAUUUAUUUAUUUAUUCUUGUCGCUAAAAUGCCAUUAAGACUCCAAUGUGCUCCACAGGUUAUUUUCUCCCCCUGCAGGGGUACUUUUCUUGCACACGUAUAUAGUAGUUUGCUGUACAUGCAUGUUUGUAAUUGGGCCAAAAAUAGUUUGAAGUUGUCCCUCUGGAUUGUAGGGACCUUUUCUGUAAAAACAGAUGUUUACACUGCUACUGUACGCAAACAUUCCAACUGCAGCUGGUUUGCAGGAUUGUGCGAGGUUUGUCAGCAGGUUUCUGUCUGUUGACACAAGUCUCUUGGCUGGUGAUAAAAAGGGGCCCCCCGAUACUCUGGC